GCGUCGUGCUGGAAACCAGGAGGCUAGCUAGCUCUUUCCAAAAAGGCAUAUGAUAAACAGCCAGCUAGCUAGGUUUUGGUCCUAUCUAGUCACCAUCCAUCUACACCGGCGUUUCAAAUCCCCUUUUUCAGUAUAAUAUGGUGAUUUCAUCAAGCAAAAACGGACAGGUACGGCCUAUCAGCUAAAUUCACAGGUCCAGAGGUCCAAGAUGACUGAAGAGGUGAUUGUCAUCGCCAAGUUUGACUACCUGGCUCAGCAAGACCAGGAGUUGGACAUUAAGAAGAACGAGCGGCUGUGGCUGCUGGACGACAGUAAGUCCUGGUGGAGGGUCCGCAACGCCACCAACAAGACCGGCUUCGUACCCUCCAACUACGUCGAGAGGAAGAACAACGCCAGGAAGGCAUCCAUCGUCAAGAACCUCAAAGACACACUAGAGGUCUUACCUGGACUUGAAGAACGCACUGCCACCUUUACAGGUUACAACUAUAGCCUAGAGAUUCAACCAUGUUGUCCUACCCAGACUCUCUCCACCUUUACAGGCAUCGGGAAGGUGAAGCGGAAAACGGGAAUGCGUGAUACGGCCUCGAACGCCGACAUGUGCUCUGACAAUGGCGAGCGCCUUUACGACCUCAACCUGCCGGCGCUCGUCAAGUUCAGCUACACCGCCGAGCGUGAGGACGAGCUCUCAUUGGUUAAGGGUACACGCGUCAUCGUCAUGGAGAAGUGUAGCGAUGGCUGGUGGCGUGGGGGGUACCAGGGCUGUUCUGGAUGGUUCCCUUCCAACUACGUGACGGAGGACGCAGAUGGGACAGCGGGGGGAGGAGGGGGUGACAGUUUGGGGGACCCAAUAGGGUCACUGACUGAGAAGCUAGCAGCAGUGGUUCACAGUGUGUCUAACGGGAACCGGAGACUCCACACAGUGCAGGCGCUGUACCCUUUCAGCUCGGGGAACGACGAGGAGCUGAACUUUGAGAAGGGAGAGGUGAUGGAGGUGGUAGAGAAACCAGACAACGACCCUGAGUGGUGGAAGUGCCGUAAAGCAGAUGGACAGCUGGGACUAGUACCUAAGAACUACGUCAAUGUGCUGCCUCCCCAGCAGGACUCCACUGCCCAGAAUGCCUCACCGGGCCCCGCGGGGCCGCCCACGCCCGACUGUGACUACAUCUCUCCAGCCACGGUGGGGCGGUUUGCUGGGAAGCCGUGGUACUAUGGCAAGGUGACGCGUCAUCAGGCAGAGGUGGCUCUCAACCAGAGAGGAGUGGAGGGAGACUUCCUCAUCAGAGACUCUGAGUCAUCGCCCAAUGAUUUCUCCAUCUCUCUGAAGGCCCUAGGGAAGAACAAGCAUUUCAAGGUUCAGUUGAAGGAUGGUUUGUACUGCAUUGGCCAGAGGAAGUUCAGUUCUCUGGAGGACUUGGUGGAUCACUACAAGAAGGCUCCCAUCUUCACCAGCGAGCAGGGAGACAAGCUCUACCUGGUUAAGGCCCUGGCUGCCUCUUGAUCACACACUCUUAAACACACUCACACACAGAGGGAAACAAACAG